AUGGGCGCUGCUGCACAGGAGGAAAUCGUAGAGAUUUCAGUUAUAGAGGAGCUGAAGAGAGCUGCAGAAAAGUUCGACGCCGACUUCUCCAAGUUCAAAACCAAGAUGCAUAGGUAUCCUCCAGCAAUCAGGCGUGGAAUUGACAGAGGUGUUAACCAGCCCUACACUCCAAGCAGUGUGGCCAUUGGCCCGUACUACCACAAGAUAGAUCACCUCCAAAGGGCGGAGGAAGUGAAGGGCACAGCAGCAUACUACUUCUGCAAGGGCUUGGACCAUUCGGAUGAGGCGGCAGUGUACCAGAAGAUCCUCUCCCUCGCAGACGACACACGAAGCUGCUACGAUGACAACGCGGCUGGUGGCAAUGUCGCCCUGUCCUUGGAACGCUGGUUCAGGUCCAACGAAACUGCAAUCCUGAGGGACAUCUUUAUGAUGGAGAACCAGCUCCCCUGGCUGGUGCUUCAAGCUCUCAUGGAGUUCAGGCCCGUAAUGGUGACGGAGUUCAUCACUCAAUCUGCAGGGGGGAGAUUUCCAGCCCAGGUAAAUUCAGCUGGUAAACAACGACAACCUGACCUUGCUUUAAAUGAAAGCAACACGCCAGCACAUCUCCUUGGCCUCCUUCGGUGCUACCAAUCAGGUCAUGGUGAAAGCAGGGACGUCAGUGUCCCAGAACGGAGGGAGUCAACAUCUGCGCCCCACCGACCUAGCAGUGCAAUUGAGCUUGCAGAGAUCGGCAUCAAGCUGGUCCCCAGCAAGACAACACAGUUCAAAGACAUGGACAUCAGGAAAGGCCUCCUUUUUGGUGAGCUCUUUCUAGCGCCGUUGGUCGUGGACGACCUCAAUGCAUCUUGGCUCCUCAAUAUGGUGGCGCUAGAGGCUUGCUCGGCCACAGCUGGCAAGAAUGAGGAAUACACUGUCAGCUCAUACCUACUUCUCCUCGCUAUGCUCAUCAACCGGGAGGAAGAUGUGCAUGAGCUACGAGUGAAGCACAUCCUGCAUGGCGAUCUCGGUGACGAGCGCACACUCAGGCUCUUAAAGAAUGCUGCUGAUUUCAUCUGCAAAACCAACCAGCACUCCCUACUCUUGGAAGAUCUUGACGCAUACAAGCAAAAGAGGUGGCUGAGGAUCGCUGUGCACAAGUUUGUCUACCACAACUUCAAAACCAUCGUCACUGUGUUCUCCAUCAUCGGUGUCCUCGUGGGUAUCUUCAAAACCCUUCUCUCUCUCAAGCAGCGCCAGCAGUAA